ACAGACAGUAAGCUCAUGUCACAGCUGCACACACACACACAGGCUGAAACACGUCUCAGGUGUGUGGAAGUUAUUCACGAGAAGACGCAGCGCUCCCUACAUCUGCAGAGAAACACACAGAAAGAGACGCUGUGGACAUUUAAAGCAGCCCCUCACCCUGAACAAGGUCCUGGCCCUCAAACAGCCCUCCUGCAUUUUGGUCCCUGCAAAGCUGUCGGACCCCGCAAGUAUAGUGGAAUACCAUUUUUUUGGGACCCCGUGAAUCAGCCUCCUCAGAAAGCGACUCCUCUCGGCUCGACUGGCUGCUCCUUUGAGCUCGGCACAAUGCGAAGUUUGUUCUCAGUGACGCUGCUGCUGCUCCUGGCCCUGACGCUCGCCGCCGAGGCCAACAAAAGAGCCAAAGCUCACAAAGGUAAAAAUCCUAAGAGCCCGCCAGAGUGCUCCCCUGAAGAGGUCCAGUAUGGGAAAUGUGUCCCACAAAAAGGGGACUGUGGAGACGGACUGAGAGACGUCUCCUGCAAAGAUCUGAACGACAAGAUUCACUGCAAGAUCCCGUGCAACUGGAAGAAGGACAUCAGUGACUGCAAGUACAAGUUCGGCCAGUGGGGAUCCUGCGACGCCAACACCAACACCAAGAGCAGAUCAGGAACGCUGAAGCGUGCGCUGUUCAACGCCGACUGUCUAGCCACCGUCAAGGUUACCAAACCCUGCUCCCCCAAAGUCAAGAAAACCAGAGGGGACAAGAAGUCAAACUAACGGAUGAACGGACACAGAAGAUGGCAGAUUCCCUUCUCUGCCUCCAGUUGAACAAUCGUCUUCCAUCCUUCAUCAAACACAAAAGAAACAGAGAGACUCCUCCAAAACACGCCAACCACCUUCAGAUUUUUAUCCUCCUUUGACUUUUCUUCUUGUUUUACCGAUUCUGAUUCGAUGUUCUUGUGUUUAUUAAAAUGCGGAAAGCUUUUCCAGAACCCUCCCUCUAGAUAAGAAUGAAUAAUAACUGCCCUGGUAGCUGAUAGUUUGUUUUAACAGUGAGUUUCAGGUAGUCCUAAAAAGCUUUGACAGUAGCCGAAGUUAAUGUUCCGGUCGGGAAAUUCUCCUCAAUGGUCCGGGACGUCAGGAACUGGACCGUAAAGAGUUCUGUUUAGAGUCACGUUUAAGAUAUGUAAAAAACAAUAAUUAGAAAGGCUUGGAUGGAUCUGUAACGGCAAAAUCCAAUAUAAAAUCUAUUUUUUGAACUAUAGAUUGUUGCAAGAUGAGACUUGUAUAAAUGAACAAAUUAAAUACUGUACAUUGUUUUGGUGAAGA